UCGCACACAAACACCAGGCAGGUGUUCGCCUGGCAGGAUUAGCGCAGUAUUUACUUUCUUAUAAGCGUGUCGAUAUAAGUGUAUUUUUUUUUUCUGAGAGUGUCGUGACAAUGAAAUCUGAAAAUAGAAAACGUAAGUGAACAUAGAUUUGUAAGACUAUAUGGUAUUCUUCAGUACUGGAGAGGGUUUGGCGAGUCAACGCCCCCGCGUCUCUGUCUGUGACCAGGCCUCGAAGAGACGACCAUGGGCGACUACAUGAACGACUACACCACCCCGGCAGAGGUGAACGACCAGGGGGAAUGGCUGGACGCAGGGAACGUAACCGUUCGCUUAAACGAUACCUUCAAUUUUAUCGAAAUCGCUGACCCGAAUGAUCUGCAUUAUCCUUGGAAGAUAAUACCAUUCUUCUAUCUCCAUCUCACCACCUACCUGGUCACUCUGGUCUUCGGCAUCAUUGGCAACGUCGCUGUGAUCGUCUUAAUGGCAGGUGACCGCAAGGCACGGAACACCACCAACAUGUUCCUGGUGUCACUCUCCGUGGCGGACUUGUUGAUGUUGCUGCUGUGUGUUCCCCUCAAGAUUGUUCACUUCUUCGUGGUCCUCUGGGACUCUGGCGGCGCCGCCUGCAAGAUAGCUAACUAUUUUAUGAUGCUCUCUUUCACCGCCAGUGUGCUCAACCUUACUGCCGUCAGCCUUGAGAGGUUCAUCGUCAUCGUCUUCCCGAUGAGGUCACGUUCGUUGUGUACAAUGAGUAACUGUCGGCGCUCCGUCCUCUUCGUGUGGGUGGCCUCCCUCCUGCUGGCCUGCCCCAUCAUCAAGGUCAUGGACAUCGACACAGUGAUCUACACCGACCCGUCACGGAGUGUGUGGGUAACCGCUUACUACUGCAAGCAGAUGGAGUCACUGGUGUUCCUAACAUACCAGCUGCUGGUGUUGUUCGUAGUGCCGGCACUCCUCAUGAUCAUCUUCUAUACAGCUGUCAUCAGGGAACUCUGGAAAUCGACCAAAAACAUCAAGGCGCUUACUAACGCCUCCAGAAGCUGUGGAGCCUCUGGGUCCGAGAGCUACUACCUGCGGGUGACGGGCGGGGACUCACUCAGCAGCGGGCGUGGAGUCACCAGGAACGGGCGCAUGUGUGGCGGUGACUCUGCCUACAACAGCUCGGCGUCUCUCUACGUGCCCUACUCCGCCGCCCGGUCUCGAACUCCAUCCCCCGGUGGUCGCCACGUCGCCAAGAAGCACCGAGAGAAGGGCGAGGACGUCAAAAAGGCCAGGAAGCAGGUGAUCAAGAUGCUGAUAGUUGUGGUGGUGCUGUUCUUGCUGUGCUGGGGACCCAGGCUCGUCAUGGAGAUGUGUAUCAACCUUGGACUCCAGCAGUUCAACCAGGUGUUCUACAACUUCAACAUCGUCUUCAUCCUCCUCCCCUUUAUUCACUGCUGCAUCAACCCUAUCAUCUACUGCUUCAUGUCAAAGAACUUCCGACGGUCCAUGAAGAAGCGACUGGAAGACCUGUAUUGUGGGUCGUCAUCGUCUCGGCGGAGCUGCUGCAGUUGCUGUUGCUGCUGUUGCAGCUGCUGUCCCACCCGUCGGAGGCCACCGCCCAGGAACCUGCUCAACCGAGUCGUCACCAGGAGUAUAUAUUCCUCGUAUUCGCCAGAGGGCACCACACGACACACAGACCUCGAGACAGUUUCCACAAUGUAGAUGUUUUCUCUCAUUCUCUUGCCGAAUCAUUUCUUUGAUGUCUGCAGUAAAAUUUAUAUUUCUGCUGACGUAUGUCCAUAUUUCAUCCGUAUCUGAUAUUUAUUAAGACGUGUUUAGUUUGAUGUGAGCCUGGCUUUAACCAUGUAAGGCUUUGUCUUUCUCCACCACAAUCUCGUAACCAUUUUUCACAACGUAAAGUUUACUUUACGCUAUAAACUUGAGUAUCUCAUUAAAUUUGCUGUUACUUCGUAAGGUCUCAAAACCUUCAUUACUUAACAACUCUCCAUUUCUGUCUUACAUUAAAGUCACCGGUAGGUCCAGGACAGUUAAUGUAUUUGUAUAUACAAAUUAUUUUGCAUUUUAAACGAAAAAUUGCUAGAUUGCCUUUCAUAUUUUUAUUAGUAAUUCAAGCUUCUCUGUAAAUAAUUCUGAGUACGGAUGUUUAUUUAAGGUGUAAGUCAGAUGAAGUGGUGUGAUAUUACAUUAUUAUUUUUAUUACCACAUUUAUUACAGGUUCUGAUGGCUUAGAGUCUUGAGACCUGAUUACAAUUUUGUUUUAUAGUACAAGAUAGGCUACAGGUGGAGGCUGAGAUGAGGUAGCUAGGCUGCAGGUGGAGGCUGAGAUGAGGUAGCUAGGCUGCAGGUGGAGGCUGAGAUGAGGUAGCUAGGAUACGUUAAUUAUAUUCCACGGUCCGUGGAGACAACACCAGCACUCUGGACUGUGACUGAAGCGACUUUGUGUGAAAUUAGUGUGUAACAAGUUGCCAAACUAGCGUAAACUACAGUCAGUAGUGGUGACGAGCUUCGUAUUACUCGAAUAGUGACAAUAAAACAGUGAAAGCUCUGAAGGACAUACAAUGCAUUCAGUGUAAGACAACAGUGAUGCUAGUGACAUACAAUGAAAGUGAGGCUGUAUGUUGGAUACUGUUUCAGUGACCCUAAAAUGUUUCACCAAAUUAUAUCGCAUUUUUGAAGGUGUUACUACGGUAUGAUAAUCAACAAAUGCUGUAUAGCAAUAUUUAAUGUUAAAUGCUACUAGUGUGUGUGUGUGUGUGUGUGUGUGUGUGUGUGUGUGUGUGUGUGUGUGUGUGUGUGUGUGUGUGUGUGUGUGUGUGUGUGUGUGUGUAAUAACAACCUAGUUGUAGCUACAGCAGCGUAGUUUUGCGCAUGGUGUCACAGCUUCGAUACUCUGUUCGUCAUAUAUAUUUUUUUCUUAAAUUUCCAGUGGUUCCAGCACUUACUAAUUCCUCCUUUAAUGCAUUCCACUGGUCAACCAUUCUGUCUGAAAAGAAACCUUUUCUGUUAUCCUUCCCACUCCUCAAUUUGCAGCUGUAGUCUCUUGUUAUUCCUGUUGAAGCUACUAAAAAUAUUCUUUACCUUCUCUUUCAAGUCCUUUCAAGAUCUUGUAUGUCCUUAUUAUGUUACCUCUUGUCCUGCUAUCACUCAACAUGGGCAUCUUUAAUGUUUUCAACAUUUCCUUAUAGUUCAUACUGCUCAACUUUUUCACCCAUUUUAUAGUUCUUCUUUAAACCUUUUCUAAAUUGUUUUUUUUCAGGUAUGGGUACCACAUAACUGCUACAUAUUCCAGUUAUGGCUUAAUAUAAGUUAUAAACAAGUUUCUUAGCAUUUCACCAUCUAUAUAGUUUGCCGGUGUAACAUGAAUUUCUCAGUUUUAUUUACAUGAUAGUUUUGUGAUAUUUUUUUAAUAACUCCUAGAUCCCAUUCUCUAUCUGAUACUUUCGAUAUUUUGUCACAGUUUAUAUUCUUCAUGUGACUUGAUUUCACUUUCUCCCAUAUCCAUUACAUGGCAUUUAUCUACAUUAAAUUUCAUCAUCCAUCUAUCAUUAUGUGCUCAAGUGUAUCCAGAUCCUCUUGUAAAAAUUUAGUCGUUUUCAUCAUUAAUUUACAUAAGAUUUUUGCAUCAUCUGUAAACAUAUUCAUAUAAUUUUUAUUUCUUCUGGUAAGUCACUUAAAUAAAUUAGAAAAAAAUAUUGGGGCAAGUACAAACCCUUGUGGCACCCCACUUGUACAUCCCCCCCCCCCCAUGCAGACACUUUUAAUCUUAAAACUAUUCGUAUUUUCCUCUUUAACUAAAAGUCUCUCAUCUAUUGUUUUAUUUUUCCUCUAAUUUCUCCUGUAUGUUGUAGCUUUAAAGUUAGUCUUUCGUGGGGAACUUUAUCAAAAGUUUUCUUAAAGUCCAGGUAAAUACAGUCUGCCCAUCCAGUUAUUUAUGAACAGUUUCCGUAACUAUGUAUAGUAACUUACCAAAUUUGAUAUAAAUGAAUGUGCAGACUGAGAACCAUAUUGUUUACUAGUUAGCAUGUUACUGUUCUCUGUGGUGAGAGAGAGAGAGAGAGAGAGAGAGAGAGAGAGAGAGAGAGAGAGAGAGGGGUAGGUAGGGAGAGAGAGAGAGGGGUAGGUAGAGAGAGGGAGAGAGGUAGGUAGGUUAAGUGAACAUCAGUGUGUCUGGUCACCCUGGUGUACUUACAGCAUAUGUGUGAAAAAUAAUUACAUUUUACCUCAGUACUUUACAGUGUAGUUCGGCUGGGCUUUUUGCACUUCAUGGGAGGAAAUAUAAUAUGUUCUUUAAUUGAAGGCCAACUAGAUACAGAAACAGUACCAAUGAAUUUUGCAAAUUAACAGGCCAGAAUGAAUAUGAAGUAGCUGAGAAUCAUGAGGGACGAAGCUUGGGUACUGUAAUUAGGAAGGCUUGUGGCUGCUGCUAGCGAGUGCUGGGGCUUCGGUGUAAAUAUUAACCUUAAAGGGGAGGAUAUAUACACAUGGAGAUGAGUAUCUCCGAGAAAAUAUACCGACAUUUACCUUAAUAUCUAUCUUUAAUGUCAAAGAAUUCUUGAUGUAAAUAUGUAGGUAAAUUGCAGCCUUGGUUACCCUCGUGUAGUCAGUGUGCCUUAAACCUAAAAUCCUAUUAACCUCGAUGAAGGUCUGCCUGUUGUAUUAGAUUGGAAUGAAGGCCUCACUGCUGGCUAGGAUCUUUGAGACUUCAAUCUACAUAAUUACUAACCAUCAAGUAUACUUUCAUCUUUAACAAAUAGAGUAUUAAAACGCAGAAUAUUACAUACUGAGAACUAUACUUACUGAUGCAGACGUCCCUUCUAACUCAAAGUUUUAUAUAAGAGUCAAGUCUUGUAUUAUAAGAGUGGCCAGGGGCUACAAAGACCUCAGUAGGGUCUUGGACCAUCCAGUGUGAUAGGUAGCCUACUAUUUAUGUUGUUAAGUGCUGUAUCGCUACACAUGGCUGUUAAGAAAUUUUGUGUUAAACAUUUUAGAUAUUAACUUAACAAAGGCCUGUUAUUUAUUGUUGAAUGCCGUUUUUGUUACCUUCUAAUUACAGAUAUUUACUUACAUGUUGAUACUAUAUUAUUGUCAGGAUAAUUUUGUGUCGUAAAUUUAAACGUUAAGACUGUUAAAAAUUGUUAAACUGGAAAGCUUAUUGUUCAUUGUAGCAUACGUAAAUUAUAUUUACCAGUAACUAGCGUAAAAAAAAAAACUUGUUCUAACACUUCUGUACUGCAUUAAAAAUUUAAUUUUAUCCAGUACACUUGUGUAUGACCAAUACCUUGAUACAUACAGAAUGCAAUGACAUUCCUUUGUAAAACUAAAAGAAAAUAAUCUGGGUUUACUGAAAGGCUUGAGAGUUCAGUGGUUAAACACAAUUUACUCCCGCCCUUCCCUUCCCUUCCCCUCUCUUCCUUUGUGUGACUUCUGAUGUGUUGCUGACCGUGGAGAACAUUUUACUAGUUUUCCCAUUCUUCAACCUUUUCACUUAAAUCGUUAUAUUUAUGAUCACCGGGGCGCUUGAAGGGAUCUCGGGAGACCUUUAGGAGUUUUUUGAUAUUGAAAAUUUAUUGAGGAUUUUUAAGUGAUGUGGAUUACUAUGGUGUGAUAGUGUUUGGUUUAUGUUGUCCGUUUGUCAUUGCCGGUAAUAUUUAUUUUUAUUACCUAGUUUUACCUUGAGUGUUCUUGUGUAACAUUUUUGUUGUCGUUGUCAAGUGUUAAGUGAUCUCAAAAGUUAUUGUGCUCUUCAAGUCUCCCUCUCUUUUCCUUUCUACUGCUUACGGUGUGUUGCUGUCUGUAUUGUUACUGUUUACUUCCUGCUUUUACUUUACGAGUUUAUUGUUUUUCUCUUAUUUGCUAAGAUAAAUGACUUUGUCUCUUAGAACUUUUAAGUCCAGUUUAUUUUUAAUGUAUUCCAGUUGAUUUGUUUUUAAAUAAUUAAUGUAGAGUAUUUAUACGAAAUUAUCUACUGUUUUAUAAUGCGUGUAUCAGUGUGGAUAAUUAAGGUUGUAAGUGGUUAGUGAACGUGAUUUUUUUUAUUUCAUAGUGCUGAAUCACUCUCAUGUAUCUCAGCACAAACUAAAUUGUAAACUUUAGGAUGCAUCAUUUGUUGCUGGUCAAGUUAAAACCAGGAAGAGGUACUGAAAACCCCAACCCCACUGCUAGUAUCCCUUGGCAUAACACAUGUUACACGACCAACCCAGGUGUUGUGCAGUGUUAUGGACGUCAAGCCAGUGGGAGCACUGAAAGAGCUAUCAGUGCAUCACUCGCUGGAGAGACUGCUGUGCCUCGGAAAAUGUUUUGAUAAAGCGAUUUACCAACACGUCGCUAGUGGUGUAUUCAGUAAUGUAUUUGUUGCCUAGCUAAAGUUGGACGGUAACAUUUGAGAUGUUGCUGUGUCUGUCGAAGCCCAUACAUACUAUUUUUAAUAAUGCUGCCACCAGUUUAAGAAACCAAUCCACUGAGUGUUCUGUCCCACUUGUUCGACGUGCUAAUUUUUGGUAGUGUCCCACUAUAAUUUUUUUUGUUAGUGGAUUUAGGUUUGAUAGGGACUAGCCUUACGUGGGCCAGUAGGCCUGCUGCAGUGUUCCUCCAUUCUUGUCCUAUGAUACUCUUCAAAAAAAAAAAAGUCUCUCGCUGGCAGGGAAAUUAAAUUUAAGGGUAAGAAAGAAAAUGGGAUUAACUACAGUAGGCUUCGCUGGGAGAGUUGGAGAGCCUCAGGUUCAGAUACAUGAUCUCAUUAUUUAAUAGUCCUCACUUUGAGAGCCGAGAGCCUAGCCUCAGAAAUAUGUCAUUACAACAGUCAUCACCUUGAGGGCCAAGAAACACUAGCUUAACAGUGGUAGAAAAUUAUUCGACAGAAAAGUCAAUAGUAAGUAUAGCGGCAGCAGUAGUUUGAAGGAACUUCGAGUUACAUUAACUGAUCCAAAAAUGAACUUUGAUCGGGUUUGAUGUUUUGUACAAGUUCAUAUCCUCUGAUUUGUUUGGUAGGUUUUAAAGCUUAUCGAUUACACUAAGUCAUUAAAGCUACAUUUCACCUGUACACUACCAUUCAAGAAUACCUUAAUCUUUAAAACAGGGAUGAAGGUAAGCUCUCGGCAUAUAAAUGUUGAGACAUAUAUGCUUCUCGAUGUUCGUUGGUUGGUUCAUGAGGUUUAAUACCUAUCGACUGCACCAGUCAUUAAGAUGCAUGCCACCUAGUUGUUACCAACAGACCCCUGGCAGUCUUCAAGCUGGCACUGGACAAGCACCUAAAGUCGGUUCCUGACCAGCCGGGCUGUGGCUCGUACGUUGGUUUGCGUGCAGCCAGCAGCAACAGCCUGGUUGAUCAGGCUCUGAUCCACCAGGAGGCCUGGUCACAGACCGGGCCGCGGGGGCGUUGACCCCCGGAACUCUCUCCAGGUAAACUCCAGGUAGUUCACCACCAGUCAAGAACACCUUAAUCAUUAAAGCAGGAAUUACAAUAGGCUCUCUCCGUAUAUAAACUGAAGGACAUGCAGUUCAAAGCGUGGAAAAAAAUCAAUGAAGAAUAUAUUUUAAGUUGUAUAAGGGAGCACAACUCUUCAGCGCCCUCCCUCCGUGCAAAAAGGAGGCUACCAACAAACCCCUAGCUGUCUUCAAGAGGGAACUCAACAGAUUCCUCAAAACACUGGGUUGAUAUGCAUACGUUGGACUGCGGGCGACGGGCACUAACAGCUUGAUUGAUCAGGCCAGCAACCAGGAUGCCUGGUCUGAGACCGGGCCACGGGGGCGGUGACCUCCGGAAGCGACUCAAGGUAACACUGACUCCUACACUGCCCAUAAUUAACAGAACCAGCGCAAUGACCACUAGUGCGUGCUGUAACAUAAUUGUUUACAACCUAAAUAAGGUCACUAACUCAACUAAUUUAGGAAUAUGCGUAGUGCCACUAUUCUCCUGCCCUUCCUCUCGUGUACUUCUCUUGGUCUACAUCAAACCUUGCACUCCAGUGUGUUUUUUAUAUAAUUUUUAUUUUCAGCCAUUGAAACGUAUUAGUACACUAGAAAAGUCUAUUUCAAGUUAUUAGUAAUUUCGAUUAUUGUUUUUACAUGAAGAUUAUUGAAAUAAUGCUCUAUUUUAUGGAGUGCCACAAGGGUCAGUAUUAGGACCCAUGUGGUGCACAAUCUACAUAAAAGACAUGUAUGAGGGAAUAAAUAGCAACAUAAGUUUGCCGAUGACACUAAAAUAAAUCAAAUAAAUUUUAAUGACUUGGGUAGGUUGAUGUGGGUGGAGAAAUGGCAGAUGCAAGUUCAACGCAGACUAGUGUGAAGUAUUAAUCCUAGAAGAAAACAACCAAGGUACUGAUAAGAAUAAUGUAGAUCUUAGUCAAAAUGAACGUAAAAAAAAUUUAGACGUUCAGGUAUAGCCAAGACAACAGCAAUGAAGCUAAUAGAUUUCUUGGCUUCAAAUCAAGAAUUAUAACUAAUAGACGUUUUCAGGUUAUACUUCAACAUUAUAUAUCUAUGAUUAGACCUCAUUAAGAUUAUGCUACUUAGUUCUGGUUUCCAUAGUACAGGAUGGACAUAAAUGCUCUGGAAAACACAGAGAAGGAUGGCGAAGUUAAUUCCUUGUAUGAGAAAUCGUUCUAUUAAAUAGGAAAUCGCACUCUGGAAAGGCGUAGAAUUAGAGAAAAUAUAAUUGAAGUGAACAAAUGAAAAACAGGAAUAAAUAAAGGGGAUAUAAAUAACGUAUUAAAAAUGUCUCGCCAAGACACGACUCGCGCCAAUGGAUUAAAGGUGGAGAAAUUUAGAAUAGAUCUAAAGAAGUACUGGUAUGGCAGUACAGUUUGAAUGACUAGAAUAAACUCCCAUGUAGCGUCAAAGGCGAAAACUUUGGGUAACUUUUGAUAUAGGUUGGACAGGUACAGGAGUGGGUGUGAUUUAAACCUACCUAGCAUGAACCAAUAGGCCUACUGUAGUGUUCCUUUGUUCUUGUGUAAAGUUUUUACCAAUAGGCAAUGUAGUGCAGUGAAAGCGAUGCAGCGAAGGCAGAAUGUACCGGCAGGUACACUGAAGUACCGGGUGGUGGUGUGUUGUCUAAGAUGGUGACUUGUAGGCCAGGAUGGUGACUUGUAGGCCAAGAUGGUGAUAUGUAGGUCAAGAUGGUGACAUUUAGGCCAAGAUGGUGAUAUGUAGGCCAAGAUGGUGACAUGUAGGCCAAGAUGGUGACACAGAGGCUAAGAUGGUGAUAUGCAGGCCAAGAUGGUGGCAUGUAGCCCAAGAUGGUGACAUAUAGGCCAAGAUGGUGACUUGUAAGCCAAGAUGGUGGCGUGUAGGCCAAAUGGUGACGUUGGCCAACCUUUUACCUUUGAUAUACCUUUGAGUUUCGAGAUUUUGUACUCCCGGAGCCCGUCUAGUGCUAGCUUGGUCAACCAGGCUGUUGCUGCCAAAAUGGUGACAUAUAGACCAAGAGGAUGACAUGUAGAGAGACGACUAUGUAUAGCGUUGGUGCUAUCUUGUACAUAACCUGUUAAUGACGUAUUCUUGUUUGUGUAAUGUAUUCUCAAAGAAAUGCAACGUUGUCUUCGUGUGGUGUAUGCUCGUAGUGAUACGUGAUGAUGUAUAAGGUUAUAAUUGUUUCUUAUAACUGGGAUUGAUGCUGUGUCGUGAACAUGUUUAACCAUCCUCUAUAAUAUACAAAUUUAACAGUAAUCUUCAAUGUGCGUGUGUUUGUACUGCUCUGUACUACUGGUCUCUUCUUGCCACAGCUGACCAGUGUUUACAUAUUUGUGCUUAAAUGUUCUUUCUCCGCCGUAUUGUUUGUAUUUAUCUGUGGCCUCUUGUUCCUGUCGAUGGUGUUAAGAACAUUCUUCAUGAUCAGUUUCUUGCAACCUUUAAUAUAUGAUUACGCAGAAGUCCUGCGGUUAUAUUUCAACUUUAUGCAGCCCGUAAUGCUAUGCAUAUAAGUGGCUUUGGCAUGCUGCUCUUACCUGUAUUUUUUUGUACCUCUGUAUGUAUGCUAAAAUUACUAAAUAAAUAAAUAAAUAUAUCUUUGGUUAGGUCUCACCUAGAUUACGCUGCUUAGUUCUGGUCUCCAUAUUUCGGAAUGGUCAUAAAUUCUAGAAACUAUGCAAAGGAUGACGAAAUUGAUCCCAUGAAUCCGAAACCAUCCCUACGAGGAUAGGAGAGAGAUGAUUGAAGUGUGCAAGGGGAAAGCAGGAAUAAAUAAAGGAGAUAUAAAUAACGUGUUGAUAGGUUAGGUAAGGUUCGUCAGGAAACGGGACAAGUAUUUCCUGACGGGGGUCUUAAUCAUAUGGUGACCCACCGUUAGAGCUUUUGGUCAUCUGACCGAGGCCUUCCACUGGGUUACCGGUCCACCCUUUUAAAAAUUAUGGUCAGUUAUAACAAUUUAGUUGUACAACGUGCUGACGGUAUCCAAGACAGGACUCUCAGGUGGCGUUACUGGGGCGAGAACUUUGGGUAGCAUUAAAUUUAGGUCGGACGGGUAUGUAAGUGGAUGUGAGAUAGACUUGCCUAGCUUGGGCCAGUAUGUCUGCUGCAUCGUUUCAUCAUUCUUACGUUCUUAAGUGUUUAUAGUUAAAGGAAAGGAGCUGUUUUGUGGUGUCCUGUCCUCAAUAUUUUGUUUGUUAUAAUUUUAAUAUUCUGGUGAUUGCAGCACAAACUAGGUCACAUUCAAACGGUAAAUAACUUGUGAAAAGCUAUUUUUGGUGUACUGUCACUCUAAUUUCUUAGUUUAUGGUUAUGGUGAACUAUUGUUCUCUCUACUGUUAUGGUGAUAAAAUAAUAGGUGCAAUUUUUUCGAUUUUUAUGGUGUUAACAUAUAAUGAUCAUGUCUUCAUUUUUCCUGUCUUCUGCUAACGAGGACAUUAUAAGUGUUUUCAAUCUUCGUAAUUCAUAUUUCUUGGGCACUGUUUGGUGGCGUGUUUGUUUUUCGAACAACGUAUUAUCAUUAUUAUUUCCCAUUCCAGUUUUGGUUUAGCCUAUUCUCUGUAUAGUUUACUUGACCUUCAACAACCAUGUAUCUGAAGGUUAGCCUGAUGUUAGUAUUGUGUGUGUGUGUGUG